AUGAAUGCAUCUACUGUAUCAUAUGAAGAAUUGGAACAAUUUGAGCCAGUUCCCCUACUCAGACACUCGUAUCAGUUGACUGUUCUGUAUACAGUUGCCUAUGGAGCUGUGUUCUUUACUGGAGUUUUGGGAAAUACGUUCGUCGUUUUGGCAGUUUGGGCUCAUAAGAAUUUGAACAUCACUACGGAUUACUUGAUUCUUUCGUUGGCUUUGGCGGAUUUGUUCAUUCUAUGGAUAUGUCUUCCGACCACUCUGAUAAACAGUAUAUUCACAGAAUGGCUCUGGGGACAAUUUUUCUGUCGACUAUCCACGUGGGCGAAUGCCUCAACAUCGUUCGCAUCAGUCUACACUCUAGUCGCAGUCACUGCUGAUCGAUAUCUUGCAAUCUGUCACACACUGAAAUAUAACACGAGCUGGGACCGAGAGUACACGAAAUAUGUCAUUUUCACAGUAUGGUUUGUCGCUGCGAUCUUUGGAAUUCCUAAUUGGUAUAACUAUGACUUGAUAGUCUGGCAAGAAGGCAACUACGGUUACCGGUUAUGUACAUCUCAAACAGAUCAGAAAUUAUAUUUUCUUUUCGUAAAUCUUCUGUUAGCCUUCAUUGUUCCAUUUGGAUUAAUAUCCGGGCUCUACACAAAAAUCUUCAUUACGGUGUCAACUCACAGAAGCUUGGCGGUUGAUGCAAGGGCCCGCGAAGACCGUGUAAAACUGCGAGUCGCUACGAUGAUGCUCACCGUAAUCAUAGUAUUCGCGUGUUGUUGGCUCCCACUCUACUGUAUUUUCACCUACUUUUUCUUCUUUGCCGAUCAAAGAUCCGACCUGUUUCAGAUCACUUCCAUGUUGAUCCGUCCAAUAUUCCAAUGGAUGUCUCUAUUAUCGAGCUCUCUAAAUCCAAUUAUUUAUAUUGCAUACAGUCAUAAAUAUCGGAGAGCAUUCAAGAGUAUUCUACUGAUGCCUUGUAAGACGAGAUACGAGAGAGUGAGAAGUACAAUCCUCCGUCGUCACUCCAGAGGUGGCAAAUCCACAGCAACAAUCUCAAUGUCUAACUUUGGCACCGAGCCAACAAAUCUCGGCGGAGCAGCCAGUUUACUCAUUGAACCAGAUGGAAAACAAGUUGAAAGAUCCACUUCUGAUUGUUAA